GCCACAUCUAUCGUUCUUACUCACGAUAUGAGUCUAGUCCCAACUCCGGCGUUGUCCAUCAAUUCAGCCCCCAUAUAUACCUACUUAGGUAAACACCAUGAUGCUGGCCUUAUUUUGCCCCACUAGCUGAGCUUAUGCUCAUUCUAGUCCUGACUAUUUCUUCUCUUCUUCCCUCUAAGACCCUCACAUAAACAGAACAGAUCAGUCCUUAAAACUUGUCCAUACUAAUUGUAGCGCGAUAGAGAUUUUUAUAUUCACACAGAUCAGACCGCUUAGGAAGAUAUAAAGUCAUGUCGCUAAAUCUCGCUCCUGAGAUCAUUGCCAAAUACCCUUCGAUCGGUAAAGCAAAAUUCAUAGAUGGAAAGUACGUAGAAUCCAAUGACGGCCGCGAAGAGGCCCUCCUCGCCUACCUUGAAUCUCGCGCCCAGACAGAACCCCUCCAAAACAACCCUGCUCUGAUCCUACAGGCCAUGGACGACUUUGCUGCAAGCUCUGAAUUCCUAAUCAACAUCGGCAGCGAUAAGACACGCGUUCUCGACAACAUCCUCGCACAGCAUAAGCCAAAGAUCCUGAUUGAAGCCGGCGGCUACGUUGCGUACUCGGCCAUCUUCUUCGCAGAUCGCAUACGGACUUAUCAUGGCGCAAAAGCACAUGUGUGGAGUUUGGAGUACGAGCCGAAGUUUGCAGUCAUCAUGGAAAAAAUCAUCGAGAUGGCGGGGCUAAGUGCUUAUGUUACUGUCGUGGUGGGGUCUGCGGAUGAGUCGAUGAGGAAGCUGAAGAAGAGUGGUGAGAUCGGGAGUGUUGAUUUGUUGUUUUUGGAUCAUGUUGAGGGGCUCUAUGAGCAGGACUUCAAGGUGGCCGUGGACGAGCUUGGACUGCUAGAGUCGGGAGGUAUGGUUCUAGCGGAUAAUGUAUUAGUGCCAGGAGCGCCGGAAUAUGUGAAGUUUGUGAGGGCGCGGAAAGAUUUGAGGAGUGAGGGUGUGCCGGCGCUGAUUGUACCAGGUGACAUUCCAGACGAGAUCGAAUUGACUUUUAUACAUUAAAUCAAUGAGUGCUAGGUUACAAGUAACAGUAUUGUAUUUGGUAGUAUUGACAUAGUAGGCCAUGAUUCUUGCGUCAGUGAGAUAACCUCGAAAAGUGGUUAACGACUCCAGCCUUGAGACAUGAUCUUCGAGUGAGACAAAGCAGUCUCUGCAUAAGUUAUGAGCACCUAUGCCGUCCUCUAGAGGCUUCAUAGAUCUAAGUACUCCCUUGUUCUUCUGGGAAUUCCUGCUCCUCCUCCAGCAUCAACAUUGACAC